GGAAUAAUUUAAGAGGCUGCAGCUGCAGAGCCUAAAGGCAAGAAAGGAGAGCUGAUCAAAGAGCAUUCCAAGGAGCUUGGCAAUCUGCUGGAGGACCAUUUUGCUCACUGCUCUGUGUAUACUUGGUGCCUGGGAAUCAUUGCUCCAUAAAUAUUUGACUGAAUGAGCAAACUCCUGUGGAUGAGAAGGAAAGAAGAGGAAGCCAAGACGACAUUGUCAAAUCUGGCCUGCAUGCCAAGAUAGACGAGAUUAAGGAGGAGCCUGACAGAGUUUCUUGGACGUCUUGUGAAUAUUAGAAAAUACAUUUUGGAGAGGCUAAAAGGAGGCCAAGAGAUACGGUGCUCACAUUUGCUUCCAUGGAAUCCAGCCAGUCUUCCCUUGGGGAAAAAAACACACUGUGUCAAGAGAUCUUCCCUAAAUAGGAAAGAAGCUAUUAAAGGGUUUCGUCCUCCUCCUCUUUUCCUGUGCCCAAACUCUACCAGUCUCCCAUUCCAUGAAGAUGCUUUGGUGGAAGAAGAAACUCUGCCGGAGCCAUCAUCUGUGGGCCCUGGGCUGCUAUAUGCUGCUGGCCAUUGUUGCUCUGAGAUUUUCUCUCAGAUUGAAAUGUGACAUAUAUUCCCUGGAUCUGGAGUCCAGGGACUUUCAAAGCCAGCACUGUAGGGACAUCUUGUAUAAGUCCCUGAAGCUGCCAGCAAAGAGAUCCAUCAAUUGUUCUGCGAUCACUCGCGGGGACCAGGAAGCAGUGAUCACAGCUGUCCUGGACAAUCUGGAAGUCAAGAAGAAGCGGAAGCCUUUCACAGACACUGAUUACCUGAACAUGACCAGAGACUGUGAGCAGUUUAAGGCCAACAGGAAGUUCAUACAGUUCCCGCUGAGCAAAGAAGAGCUGGACUUCCCCAUCGCAUACUCUAUGGUGGUCCAUGAGAAGAUUGAAAACUUUGAACGGCUGCUGCGAGCUGUGUAUGCCCCUCAGAACAUAUACUGCAUCCACGUGGAUGAGAAGUCCCCAGAAUCUUUCAAAGAGGCAGUCAAGGCCAUCAUUUCCUGCUUCCCAAAUGUCUUCAUGGCCAGUAAGUUGGUUCGGGUGGUUUACGCCUCCUGGUCCAGGGUGCAGGCUGACCUCAACUGUAUGGAAGACUUGCUCCAGAGCUCAGUGCCCUGGAAAUAUUUACUGAAUACAUGCGGAACAGACUUUCCCAUAAAGACCAAUGCGGAGAUGGUCCUGGCCCUAAAGAUGUUGAAUGGCAAGAACAGUAUGGAAUCAGAGAUACCUACUGAGUACAAAAAGUCUCGCUGGAAGUAUCACUACGAGGUGACAGACACACUGUACCUGACCAACAAGAUGAAGGACCCUCCCCCUGAUAAUUUGCCCAUGUUCACAGGGAAUGCCUAUAUUGUGGCUUCUCGAGCCUUUGUCCAACAUGUCUUAGAGAACCCCAAAUCCCAACGAUUGAUCGAAUGGGCCAAAGACACCUAUAGCCCCGAUGAACAUCUCUGGGCCACCCUUCAGCGUGCCCCCUGGAUGCCCGGCUCUGUUCCCUACCACCCCAAGUUUCACAUCUCGGACAUGACAGCUAUUGCCAGGCUGGUCAAGUGGCAGGGCCAUGAGGGAAAUGUCAGCAUGGGGGCGCCUUAUGAGCCUUGCUCUGGAAUCCACCAGCGCGCUGUCUGCAUUUAUGGGGCUGGGGACUUGCACUGGAUUCUUCAGAACCAUCACCUCUUGGCGAACAAGUUUGACCCAAAGGUGGAUGAUAAUGUUCUUCAGUGCUUAGAAGAGUAUUUACGUUAUAAGGCCAUCUAUGGGACUGAACUCUGAGAGGAUGGCUCCCUGAGGGGCAUGAACAUGCACAAACAUGCUCAGAAUGUGCUGGGACAGUGUGGGUGGGAGGCCAGGGCUCUGGAAUCCAUGCAUCCCCCAGGGCCAGGGAGCUGCUCUUGGAGAGUCGGUGAGUAGAUGUGUUGCCUUGCAAAUUGCUUCCCCAGGUGGACGCUGACUGUGCAUCACCCCACUCCCAAUAGCUCCUCCGCUGACUUGCUUACAUAGUUGAGAAUAAGAACCAGCUCUUUGGGGGGGGGGGAGUAAGAGAGGAAAGUGUGGCAGGAGACCCUGGAUUUCAGGUGAAUUCUUGGUGUCAGCUUUUCUACUCUUUGGCGAUGCUGUUCCUCAUAAUUCUGGACUUGGUAGUGGGGAGGGGAUUUGGAAAGAAGGCCUUCUAUUCACGUAAAACUGCUGUUAACUUAAAAAUAAAUAGCUUCUGAUUCAAA